AUUUAUCCGACAUGUAUAAACGUAUGCCUGCCUAUAUGUACGUAUUCGUAUGUGAGGUUAUAGAAGGAGUGAAAUGGAUCAAGAUCUGGGCAAGAGAGGUGUUGGGGUUCUUCUUUCUGUCUUUCUGUUGGAGUUUAAUUCUUGUUCUUCUGUUUUGACUUUUGAAUAAGUCAUAUCUGUACCUCCUAUUCCUUUUGAAUUUGCUGCUAUUGACCAAGUCUUUAGGAGUCCUACAUGAUCAAGUAGUUAGUUCAGUAGUAGUAGUAGUAGGGAACAUAGUGUUCUUAAAUAUUUCUACACUUUCUCAUAUUUUUCUUUCUUUCAUGGAAUUGUCUUUUAUUUCCUUUUGAGAAUAAAUAUUGCCAUCAGAGAUUGAAAUCUAAAAUUCCAAUCUUUAACCUUGUUAAUGUAAAUCUCUCUCUCUCUCUCUCUCUCAUGCUUUUUCCUUCUUCAUCUGUUAGAUAUGCAUGGGCUGAGGAGAGUACAUCAAUUAGGGGAAACAAAUCGGCCCAAGCUGCAAUUUGUGGGUUGAGGCAGGGAGUUGAAGAGGAACACACUUACCUCUCCUCCCAAUUGGAGAAAUGGGGGGUAGAUGCCUCCAAAUACUCCUCUGAACCAGUUGAGUAUUGCCAGUUUAUCACUGCUAAGUUUCCCUUUUGCAAUGAUGCACACUAUGUUGCUUUCUUGUUAGCUUCAACGAUUACCUUUAUCAGUCUCUCUGCCUAUUUGGCUAGAAAGUUAAAGCGAGUUGCACAUCCUAAGUAUCUUCAUUGGAUCGAAAGAUUUGCCUCUGAAAGUUUUCAAGCCUCAUGUAUGCAAAAUGAGCAAGUUUUGAAUGAUAUCUGCAAGGAUGCAAAUUUGUCUUUGAACAGUGGUAAAGUUGGUGGUUUUGGGAUUGAAAUACAUUAUCGUAAAGCUAUGCAACUGUCAGUUAACUUCUUUGCCAGGCACGUGACUAUUGAGGAAUGUUGCAUAGUUCCCUUGACAAAGGAACACAAUCCUGCAAGGGAACUAAUACUUGUAGCAUGUGCUUUGGAUUCACCAUGCUGCUCAUAUAUGAAAUGUGAAGCUUACACCAAAGAUUUCACUUGUCUAGUGCUCAAUAUCAUUCCUAUUGUGAAGGUGGGAUUCGUCCACGAAAAUGUAAGGAAUGCUUUGAGCCAAUUAGCUGAUUUUCAAGUAAAGGCCACGGGAAUUAAAGACAUUGAUGAAGUCAAUAUCGGUCAAAGUUUCACUGAUCUACUACUAACCAUUGGUAGUAGUAAGAACACUUGCAAUGCAAGAGUUCAUGUUGUGGCGGCCCUUUAUGAUAAUUACGAUAAUAAAUUGAAGUCAGCUGUAUCAUCAGAGUGUAUGGAUAAAUGUAUUUUGCAUACAAACUUGGAAUCAAGUACUGUGAAACUUGAUCUAUUCAGGGAGAUAUCCAGAAAUACCAAUAAUGAAAAGUUGCUCAGCAUAUAUGUUGGCAAUGGCAUCGAUGACCUAGGAUGUCUUCUAGAGGCAGAUAUUGGCAUUGUUCUCAAUCCUUGCCCUGAGUUGUUGUUUCUGAGCACUCAGUUUGGAGUGUCGUUUGUGCCACUAUGGGAGGUAACAGUGGCGAAACAGAAACAGAUGCGUGAAGGGAUACACUUUUUAUGGAAAUCAAGAACCGGGACCCUCUAUGUAGUUAAAACUCUGGAUGAAAUUACAGCUUUCAUGUAUGGGGCAUUUAAGAUUGAUUGUACACCAGAGACCAAAAAUGCUAGUGGACCAUAUGAAUCUUCAUCAUUAGGAAACCUGUUUUCAAGUUUGCCAAAACCGAAGAGUGCAAGCCAAUCAGCAUACUUUAGCUUGGUAGAGAAUAUGAGAUUUGAGAAGCAGCAAGCUGAGAAGCCAGAGAUAUAUUUGACUAGUGCUACUCCCAGGAAACCACCUAAGAAAGAAAAACUACCCUUAGCACUCAUUUUGCCAAAGCCGAAGAAUCUAAACCUAUCUGUUGACUCUAGCAAUGUACAGAAAAGGGAACUGGAAAAAAAGCAGACUGAGCAAGCAGAUGGUAACCAGAAAGUUGAGAAGGCAGAAGAUGAUAUCCAAAUGCCACCAGCUAAGAAAGAAAAGCUACCAUUAGCACUUCUUUUGCCAAAGCCUAAGAAUCUAAACCCAUUUGUUCACUCUAGCAAUGUAGAGAAAAGGGAACUGGAAAAGCAGCAGGCUCGGCAAGCAGAUGGUAAUCAGAAAUUUGAGGAGGAGAAAGAUGAUAUCCAAAUGCUACCAUCUAAGAAAGAAAAGCUACCAUUAGCACUGCUUUUGCCAAAGCCGAAGAAUCUAAACCCAUCUGUUGACUCUAGCAAUGUAGAGAAAAAGGAACAGGCUGAGCAACAAGAUGUGAACCAGAAGGAGGAAGAUGCGGUAGAAGAUGGAAAUAAGCAAGUUGAGAAGGAAGAAGAUAUGCAAGCAGAUGGGAAAACCAAAUGAGCAAGUUGUAAAGGAGGAUGAUGUGAAAAAAAUGUGAAGGAGCAAGUUGAGAAGCAAGGACAGCUGCUUUAGUAUUUGUUGUAUAGACAAGAGUUUUGAACCUAACAAUUGUAAAUGACAGUAGAGCUCACCUCCAUUGAAGGGUGAAGGAACAAAAUUGGUUGAGAAAGUCUCUUUUAGUAUUGGUUUUCGCUACCAUGUUGAGGAUUUUCAAGUAAAACCGCAAAGAAGACUUUUGUUUCAUCAAUCUGUAGCAAAAGGUUACCCAUUCUAGUUCAGUUAAUGUCGACCUAAGUACCAUACAAUACUAGGACAAGUCACGGUGAUAGUUUUGAUACCUGAUAGAAUUGCCAAGGUUCUGUUUGGUUGCUCUGCCAAUGAACAAAUUUUCACCCAUUUGCUGGGAGAAGGUGCAGCUGCCAGAAGAAGUUGACGUAGAAAUUAGAAAGACAUGAAAACUUUACAGCUACAGCCAACAUUCAAUUUCAAGUCAUUUGGCAACAGAUGAGCACUAUGAGGAAUGGCUCUCCUAGUCGAAGAACAACUAGUAUUAAAGAAUGGUCUUUCUAAAUGUACCCAGCAAAUUUCUAUGUAGACUCAGCAAAUUUGUUUGUUUAUAAAUAUUUUUAAUUAAACCAGCUAAUUUCCCAAACUGCCCUUAUCUUGUACCCAGCAAAGAAACAAAGGCCACGUUGGGCACGCCUGAUUGGAAUGGAUUGGCAUCGAUGACUGAUUGGAUUAAUC